AUGCUUUUGUACAUUGAGAAAAGGUAGUGUUCCCGAGGAAAAAUGUCGAAUCCAUCUACAUCUGGGCAGAAUGGAAGGUUUGGUAGUGGUCGUUUGACCCCCCAUUCUCGAAGAACGAGGGGCCAACGAGGCAACUGGAGGAGAGAUAAGACAGAUUCUCGAAAGAAUAAAGAUGAUGAAACAUCAAAUGCCAGUUCUUCUUUUGGUGGAUUUCCUAGAGGUCAAAGUCAAUCUGAAGAAAGUUUCAAUAUUAACACCAGAAAUCAUAGGAGAGCUCCACACCAUCAUGGUGAGAGAAAAGCUGUAAGACAAAUGGGAUUCAAAUACCUCCAAGAUUUAUUGAGAAAUGAGGAUCUUGAACAAGUCAUAUUCAGUUUGAACAAUGACAAGAGAGGCUUCAAAGAGUUAUUGGAGAGCAGGGAGAUUUCCAAUGAUAUGAUUGUGAUGUUGGUGAAGCUUCAAUGCAAGAUGACUGUACCUUUCCUGAAUUGAAAUUGGCACUGUUUGAGCUGGCCCUGAGAACUAGCUUCAUAGAUAGUAUUGUCAAGUUUGUAUCUACUGUGGUACUUCAAAGUGAACGUGAGAAGAAACGUAACGCCUUAUUUUGGAAUGGAAUUGACGAAUUUUUGAAGAACUUGCUCAAAAUUUCUGUAAAUUAUCAUGAUAUGAUCCCAACUACUUCCUGUGAAGAAAUUUUGAAGCUUUUAAAAGCUGCAAAAUUGAGUAUCCCUGUGAUUUUGAAUAAUCAUAAAGGUGUACAUAUUUCUGAUGAAGUUAAAGUUGCCGUAGAAAAAAUGUACGAGUUGGUAGAGGCAACAUCUGCCGAAAUAGAGAAGAAAUUAGAAAUAGAGAAGGUGAGAAGGGAGAACGGCGAAGAGGAACCUCCUAACGAUUUUAGAGAUAUCAGCGUUUAUCCAAGUCCCAUGGAGGUUACCCUUCCAGAUUCUCCCUUUCUGAGGCCAAAUGUCACUAAAGGUCCUUAUCAGAACGUCAAUCACUAUUUGGAUGUGCAAUUUCGGUUGCUCAGGGAAGAUUUUGUAGCCCCUUUGAGAAAAGGAAUCUGCAAGUAUAGGAAAAACCCCAAGGAAAGAUUGGAAAACAUAAAAAUAUACAAUCACAUCAAAUUCCUAGAACAGGAAACAGUUACUGAACAAAACUGCUACAGAAUCCAAUAUGAUUUCAGCAAAAAAAAACGUACUUAUGUGUAUGAAAACUCCAGGAGGUUCAUAUUUGGUGCUUUACUUUGUUUUACACAUGACAAUUUCCAGACGGUUUUGUUCGGAAAGGUGGUGAAGCGGGACGUGAAAGAUUGUCUGGAAAAAGGACAGCUCAUUGUAGGGUUCAAUGCUGAUGUCGCUUUACCACCGGAUUUGUUUCAACUCAACUAUUUAAUGUUGGAAAGUACCGUGUUUUUCGAACCUUAUUAUCAGGUACUGAAUGUUUUGAAAACCAUGCGCCCCGAGGCUUUCCCAAUGGAGCGCUACAUCAUUCGAGUGGAAACACAAACUGCUCCGCCCGACUAUCUCCUCAAAGGCGGCCCUCAAAUGUAUACCAUAGAAUCCGAAACUUUCUGUCCGCUCGACUGGGGCGAAAAGAGAUUCUACGGUUUGAACGACGCUCAAAGUGAGGCUUUCCGCGCAGCCCUGACCAAGGAGUUCGCCAUCAUACAGGGUCCUCCCGGGACCGGGAAGACGUUUCUCGGACUCCGGAUUGCUCAUACUUUGUUGAGGAACAAAUCAGUUUGGUACACGAAAACGCCGAUUUUGGUGAUUUGUUACACGAAUCACGCUCUGGAUCAGUUUCUGGAAGGGCUGCUUCCGGUCACUAAAGAGGUUGUGAGAGUAGGAGGACAAUCGAAAAAUGAGAAUUUAAACAGUUUCAACAUCAGAAACAAAAGAAGAAGGUAUCCGAACGAUGCCGUGCGUCAAAGAAGACAGGAGGUUAGAGAUUUCCUGCAAAAGAUUUCUACGAUAAACUCGCAUCUGAACAUGAUAGCAUCGAACAGCAGUGUAAUCAAAUUCAGUGUGUUUGCAGAAGUGGUGCCAAAUUUUGCAACCACCUGGUUUGGUUCAGCCAACAGUGAUCAAAUUUACAUGUGGCUCUUCGGCGGAUUCGAUGUCCGCAGAUCCAGACAAAGAGACAGAACCAAUGUGGACAGAGACGCUGCUGCCAAUAAUGAAGAACCAAAGGAAGGAGAACCAGAAAAGGAAGAACCGAUAGUAGGAGAACCAAAAGAGGAGGAACCGAUAGAAGAAGAAACUAUGGAUGUCGAUAACGAUGUUAUCAUAGAUGACAUUUUCGACGACAUAGUGGUGCACGCUCUCAAUGAAUUGGUGGGCGUGAGAACUUUACAAAUUAAACUCAACAACCUCUACAGGAUCUUGGGAGAACUGAACCAAAGACCAGUAUUAACCGAUUGGGAGAAAUGGGCGAAAUUGCAGGAGGAAGAUAUGUUGAACAUUGAGAUUUACAGGACCGAAAAUGAAUUGCAGUACCUCCAGUUGAGACUGAAUGAAAGGAAAGUGAACAUAAAUGGGUUCCAACCGCAGUUUGUUGAUUUGGUGAAUCCUCACCGCAUGACUCCUAACGACAGAUGGCAGUUGUACUAUCACUGGCUGUCACUUUAUGUCGAACGUCUGAAAGUCAAGAAAGAAGAAAGCACCAGAAUGUUCAGAAGGGUAUAUGCCGUGUACACCCAGAUGAUGAGCAUGGAAGAUGCCCAAGUCAUGAAAGAGUCUUUGGUAAUUGGAAUGACAACCACCGGUGCUGCUCGUCUCCAAUCGUCUCUGCAGGUUCUCAAGAGUCCCAUAGUCAUUGUAGAAGAAGCUGCAGAAGUACUGGAAGCCCACAUUAUCAGCGCUCUAACCAUGCACUGUAAACAUCUCAUCCUCAUUGGAGACCAUCAGCAGCUGAAACCGUCAGCCGCAGACUUCAAAAUCGAGACGAAAUACCGAUUGGGCAUCAGCCUGUUCGAGAGGAUGGUCAUCAACGAAAUCCAAUGCCACACUUUGGACGUCCAGCACAGAAUGAGGCCGGAGAUAUCGAGUCUGGUCAGACCGGCCAUCUAUCCUGUGCUGAAAGACCACACAUCCACGUUGAACAGGCCGCGUAUCGCCGGUCUCGACGAUUGUCUCUAUUUCAUUGACCAUCAGGAGCAAGAGCAACUUUGCAAGGACAACAGCAAGAAGAAUAUCCAUGAGGCGCAGUUUUUGAUACGGUUUGCCAGACAUUUGAUCCUCAACGGUUAUAAACCGGAAAAUAUCACGAUUUUGGCUGCUUAUCUUGGGCAAAUGUUUGAGAUGCAAAGAGAAAAGGCUAAGUACAGGAUGCAACUCCAAGACGUCAGAAUUGCCGUUUUGGACAAUUACCAAGGGGAGGAAAGCGACAUCAUCUUAUUAUCCUUGGUCAGAAACAACCAAGAUAAUAACAUUGGAUUUUUGAAGACAGAAAAUAGAGUGUGCGUUGCUCUGUCUAGGGCCAGAAAUGGCUUUUACAUGAUGGGAAACAUGACCAUGCUCUGUAACAACAGUGAGAUUUGGCCGAAAAUCAACGAGACAUUGAAGAGUCAAAAUGCCAUUGGAACCCAUUUGACUCUGCGUUGUCAGGUGCAUUUCGACAAAGUGACGAUGGUAAAGGCCGCAGAGGAUUUCUCGAAGUUUCCCGAGGGCGGAUGCGACCGGAUGUGCGAGGCGAUGUUGAAUUGCGGCCAUAUAUGCAAGCGGUUGUGCCACGUCGAAGAUAGAGAACAUCAGAGAUUCAAAUGUAACGAGAAAUGUGAACGAUUACUCUGUGAAAAUACCGAGCACAAAUGCAAGAAACGUUGCUCAGAGAUAUGCGGCCCUUGCAACUAUCCCGUGGAACGAACCCUCGACUGCGGUCAUACUGUAUCCAUCGACUGCCACAUCGAUCCGGCCGUGUACAAGUGCAUAGUUCUGGUCGAAGCGAAACUGCCUUGCACUCACGAAACCCGGAAACUCUGCCAUGAAGACGCAGAAACUGCCAAGUGUCCGCAUCCGUGCGAUACUAGAGUGGAGCCUUGUGGACACGCCUGCGCGAGGGCUUGUCACAUCGGAGACGAUCCUGAUCACUUGCAGUAUGAAUGCAGAAAACAAUGUGAGAAACCCAUGAAAGAAUGCACGAUGCCAGAAGCUGAAGGUCACUCCUGCCGUAAAUUUUGCUUUGAAGAAUGUUCCUAUUGUGUGAGAGAAGUCAUCAAGAAAAGGACCAAAUGCAGUCAUGCUUCCAAAGUACCUUGUCAUGUUAACGUUGAUGACACUUUGUGUGAGAAGCCUUGUGCAAAAAUAUUGCCAUGUGGUCAUAAGUGCAAAGGAAAAUGUCAUGAACCAUGUGGGAAUUGUAUGAAGAAAGUUUUGAAAGAAGUUCCUGAUUGUAAACACAACAUUAAAAUAGCUUGCUCCCAAGAAGCCGAUCGCAAAUACUGCGGAAAGAAAUGCCCACGCUUAUUGAGCUGUGGUCAUCCAUGUAGAAAUACUUGUAAGGACGUAUGCACUGAAGAUUGUAAGAUGACAGUAGAUUGUGCAAUUCCUAGCCCUUGUGGACACACUAUCAAGAAAAUCGUCUGCUAUCGGAAAGAUACUGCCGAUCCAGCGAUGUUACUGAAAAUGUGUUCGGAAAAGUGCUCAUACAAGCUGGACUGCGGCCACCAGUGCGCAGGCUCUUGCGGCGAAUGUGUGCAGGGUCGGGCCCACCAAAGGUGCCAGGAAAAAUGCGGGGUGCCGCUGGUGUGCGGUCACGAUUGCCCUAUUCCGUGCAGGGAAGCAUGCAAGCCCUGUCUCAAGGACUGCCUUUAUCGGUGCUCGCACAGCAAGUGCAAGAAGAAAUGCGGGGAGCCCUGUACGAGAUGCAAGGAACAAUGCAACAGACAUUGCGACCACCAGCGGUGCCGGAUGAAAUGCUGGGACUAUUGCGACGUCGGUCCGUGCACCAAACUGUGUUCGAAAACACUAAAAUGCGGCCACCCUUGCGUCGGCUUCUGCGGAGAUCCAUGCCCAGUACUUUGCAAGAUAUGCGACCGGGACGAGCUCACGCAGAUCUUUCUUGGCAAUGAGGACGAAGAGGACGCCGUAUACGUCAUGUUGGUCGAUUGCAAGCACGUUUUCGAGGCCGGCGAUAUGCUGCGUUGGCUUGAUAUGGACAAGGACCAGAUAAAACCGAAGGUUUGUCCUAAAUGUAAAACUGUCAUAAUGAAAACAGACAGAUACUCAGAGUACAUCAAGGAAAGCAUUGAUGAUAUGAUGAAUGUCAAAAUGAAAUAUUAUGGGAGUCCAAAGGAAAUCGCAGCCACAAGACAUCGUUUGCUGACCAAUGUGAAUAAUUUAUACAAAGAGUUAUACCACCGUACAACCUCAGUACAAUUGGGGCGUUUACAGCAAAAACCCCUUCCUCGUGUCCAUUCAGGAUUGGAGGGAUUCAUUAGGGAUUUGAUAAAAAGAUUACAACCUGUGAGUCAACCAAAACCUAAUAGGAAGGGUCCUAGAUCCCAGAAUGAUUACCGCCGUCAAGAUAUCAAUAAAACCGAUCUUCAUGCGAUCGAUUCCAAAAUAAAACUAAUCAGCGUUGUACUUGGGGUUAUUAAAGAAAAAGAUUUACUCUCCCCCACUUUUGACAUGAGUAUAAAUCAACUAAAUUUCAUAUUGAAGUUACUAUCCAGAGAUGUGAAUUCAAUAACCAAACAGGAAGUUGAUGACAUAAUAUUGGAAAUUGACAGAUUUGUGAGGAUCGUGCAGUUUGAAGAAAUUAUGUCAGUCAGUAAAUCGGCAUAUUUAUCACCAAAACUCGAAGAUAAUGAAAUGGUCAUGUCUGUCAAGAAACUACUGGAAAAACCAGAGAUUUAUGAUAAGCAGCAAGACGAUGUCUUGAAAUCUGAACUAGAAAAACUUAAAAAGAUUGUCGCUGCUGCCAUCAAAAUUACUGAUGCAGAGAGAGUUUCGAUCGUCAAAGCCGUGGAUCUGAGUAAAGGGCACUGGUUCAAGUGCCCCAACGGUCAUCCUUACGCCAUUGGGGAGUGUGGGGGAGCGGAGCAAGUGUCCCGUUGCUACGAGUGCAAAGAACCAAUCGGAGGUCGAAAUCACAGAUUGUUACCUGGACAGCAAGUGGCUACUGAAAUGGACGGAGCCCUACACGGAGCUUGGUCUGAGGCGAUGAACAUGGAGAACUUUAGGCUGUAA